AUGCCCAGCAACAUCCAAAAUGAGUCAUUGGACUUGAACGACGAGGACGAAACGCAGCAGCCUGUUCCUGCUCCCCUUCCACCCAAAACCGCGGCGUCCACGGCUCUCCCUCUCAAAACGACUUCCCUCCCUCUGAAGUCGACGCUUCCCCUGGCGCCGACAAAGCCGAAGAUGCUCUCGACAUCAGCCCUCGAUGAGCCAAGUUUAGAGGAGACCGAGAAGGAUGAGGAGAGCAUUCUCUUCUCGGAUCCCCAACCGGCUCCUCUCGAAUCUCAGCCUGUCUCUCAGCGAGCAAGGUGGGCGACUGCGGCGGAGGCAGAGGCAGAGACGAGCAUCAUCGAGGAGCCGACGGACACGGAGGACAACGACGAGCGGGAGGAUAACGAGCUCGAUGCAUCGCGCGGUCCGGAACAGGUGAAAGAGUCGUCACGGGCCGCAUCCCCCACGCCUGCGGAGAAAGAAGGUGCGAGCAGCGCCGCAGCAGGUGCAAACGAUGCGUACACCAGUGACGCAGCCCCAUCAGUGCCCACACAACCAUCGCCCCGCGACACGACACCGCCCAGCCAUAGUGAGGCUGAAGACCGGGAGGAGGAAGAGGCAGAGAGUGUUUCGUCCCCUCACAGCCCGCACGAUGGAACGAGCCCUCCACUGUUCUCGCCCAAGACACCGUCCAAGACGUCUGCCAAGGGUGCGCCCCUCACGCCGCUCAGUGGACUCGCUCGUCCAAACUUCGACCCCAAGGCUCGCAACACCCAGACGACACCAACCAAGCUAGCCGGAUCAGUCAAGGCAACCAGCGCUAGGACGUCCCCCCAGUCUGUGCGCCAGCCGGUCUUCCCCGCAGCGAGCUCUUCCCGCCAACGAGACCUCAGUCCCGAGCACGAGGAGAGCAGCGACUUCGCCAGCGACAUGCAUUACAACCCUCGAGGUGCCAAGGCUUUCAAGAGUCUUUACGAGAAGAGGUCUAGCUUCCACCGCGGAUCGUCCUUUCAGCACGACGACGAUGUUCCCACGGACGCUCAAGCGUCCGCAGACGCUUCGACGGACGAGGAAGAUCCGACGGACGCACCAGCGCCCACCGACCCCACCACGGACCCACAGUCUGUGGACCUUGAACCGACUUUCAUCAAUGGUCAAUCCUCUUCUCAGCAAUGGCUUGGCGGUGGCCGAUCGUCGCCUACUCGCAACACGAGAACAUCGCCCCUACCUGAACCGCAGCCCACGGCUGAGGACGAUUCCGGCCAGGCGCCACGAGACGACAUGGACAUCGACCGCCCCGUCGUGCCCCCGUCAUCGCCCCCUCGCGCGGUGCCUAUUCCAUCUUCACCGCCACCCGGGCGCUUAGGUGAUCUGCCCAAUUCAGAGGAUGGACCGCUCAAUGUCCCAGGGGACGCAGAGUUGUUCGGUGAGACCAUGGACUCGGAGCCGUCUCCUCAUCGGUCUUCGUCACAGUCCCAGAACUAUUCUUUUCAAGCGACCCAAGUGCUCAACCCGGCAAUGGAGAGCCAGUCGCCGAUCAAGUCGAUGCCGACUCCGUUAAAGCCGACGAUGAGCACCACCAGCGCCGCGUCGAGGGUCUCGGAGGGCCGUCUCCUCAAACGUCGCAACCGUUCGUCCGCUGUCCCCACCCCGCCAGUGCUGCCGCGCUCUCCCAGCCCGAUCCCGGAUGGAGCGGAAACGUACACCGACACGUACAAGGAUCCGUCUGGAACAGCUCCUCAGCAGCCACCUGAGAACGUGCCUGCUGAACCCGAGAAGGAACGGAGCACGCACUCAAUUGCCACUGAGGUGGGCGCCGAUGAGCAAACAGCCGACGUCGAAGAGGAUAUGGACGUCGAUCCGCCGCAGGAUCCAUCUGUGUUUACGGGCAUACAUGAGAUCGAGACGGGGUCGAUCGAGCACGACCCGGUCGCUCGACCCAGUCCCAACAAGUACGGGCGGAAGGGGAAGGGACGGCAGGUAGCGGAUAGUCCUCUUCCAUCCAGCUCCUCCAGCUCUGCCGAGUCGGAACCCGAGGACAACACCUUUCAGCCGCAGACGCAGACGCAGGAGCCGUCGCUGUCUCCGUUGAAGGGUAAAGGCAAGGCGCCCUCAUCCACGAUGACCUCUCCUUCCAAGGCGAGCAAAGGCUCUCGCUCGUCUCGCAUUCCAUCGUCGGGACUGCGAGGGUCCCACUCCGCAUCCGUCACAUCCAACCGCACCGCAAGUCGUCCCUCGCGUAACAAGCGCAAAAACCUGUCCCCAACACCAUCGUUCGAUGGAGACUCCGAGUCGUCAACCUCCGGUCCCGAAGACCCUGAGGAUGAGACGUUCCGCCCGCCGCAGAAGAAGGCGAAGAAGUCGAAGAGGCAGCCCACCAAGACUGAGUCCAAGUCAACGAGGAAAGCCGCUAAGACGAAGGAGCCCGAGGCUGGUCCAUCACGCCCCCGCGCUACCGCCUCUGCCAGCCGCACCGUUCGUACUCCGUCUGCUGUCCCAACGCCCGUUCCCACACAACAGGACAGCGAAGAGGAGCCUCUUCGCGUUCUCGCUCUGUGGACCAAGACGCGCGACUACUACAUCGGCACUGUGACCGCUCGGAACAAGACGGGCUAUCGUGUGUCCUUCGACGAUGGGUUGAACCGCACCGUUCCCGUGGACCGGAUGCGCCUGCUGGAUAUCCGCAAAGGAGAGAAGAUCUGGUGCGGGGAGAAGCAGUACCUCGUCGACGAGGACUUCACGGGGAACGGCGAGAUCUUCGCGUUCGACUUGAAGAAGAACCCGUUCUCAAUCCAGACGAAGCAGCUCGCAAUCUCCCAGUCGGACAUCGACAAGAACUACGGCGAUCGUCUCGUGCCACUGAUUGAGCUCGAGUCGCGCUUUCCCACCGUCACUGCGUCAGGCAAGCGCGGCUCUCUGACGUCUGUGGCUCCCGAGGACCCCUGCACCGAGUUCGAAGGCAAGGUAUUCCUGAUCACGGGCGACGUGAAGGACAGCUACAAGACGAAAAUAGAAGCGCACGGCGGUGUGGUCGUCCCCGACUGGGAAUCUGUCUUCACGCUCACGGGCGACAGCUACGAACUGUCGGCCGAGGGCGUGCCCUUCCUCAUCCAGAACGCCGAGCCGGGCACAACCAUGACGCCGAAGGUGAUGGCGGCCCUGGCGGCGGGCAUGCCAAUCCUGAGCUCGGCGUACAUCGACGCAGCGAUCGAGGGGCCGGGCCCGGUGUGCUGGCGCAACUUCCUCGUUGCCGCGGGGUACAGCGCCUCCCUCCGAGCCUAUGCGUCACAGGACAUUGCAGACGACUGGGGCGGCGAGGGCUGGGUCGCAGCCAGCGCGAAGAGCAAGAGGCAGCCUCUGGUCGGCAAGAGGGUGCUGUUCGUCGAGCCGAGUGCCAAGUUUGACAGAGGGAGGAGUCUGAAGGUAAGCUACAGAAUAUGGAAUGGGAGCUAA